GAAAGAUGACUCAUGCUUUUUUCAAGUGAUAUAUAUUUUGGCAGGUAUUGGAGUAGGAAAAGUCGAGCAAGUCUCCAUCAAAGCACCAUCACGACGAGAUUCCUUUCAUGGCCAAACUUGCAGAGGAAGUGAGUAAACUGGCUUUUAACGAGAAGGAACUAUUCAAUCCGAUACUAAAACGGUGGCAUCCACUUGCAGCCGCCGUAGCAGUGGCCACCCUCCAUUCCUUCUAUGGGAAUGAGCUCAAACAAUACGUUUCUUGCAUCGACGAACUGUCGCCGGAUAUUUUACUAGUGCUAAAAAGUGCAUACAAAUUGGAGAAAGAUUUGGUGCAAAUGGCAGUUGAGAAUUCAGUGGAUUGUGAAGAUGGUGGGAAGUCAAUCAUAAGGGAGACGCUUCCUUAUGAGUCUGAAUCUGUCACUUCUGAUCUGGUUAAAUCAUGGAUAACCUCCAGAACUGAUAGAUUGAAGGAAUGGGUUCAUAGGAACCCGCAACAAGAGGCAUGGGAUCCAAAGGCGACUAGGGAGCGUUUUGCACUAUCUGCAGUUGAAUUGUUGCGUAUUGUAGAUGAAGCUUUUGAAGCAUUCUUCAUGUUACCAAUAACUAUACAUUCUGCUUUGCUUCCCGAUUUAGCCACUGGGAUUAACGCCUAUCUUCAAUAUUACAUUUCCAUGACAAAGUCCGGCUGUGGUACAGAGAGCAGUAGUUAUGUACCCACGAUGCCGCCUUUGACUAGAUGUUCUCAACGCUCCAAGCUUCCUAUUGUGUUCAAGAGAAAAGAAAAAGCUCAUAAGAAGCCUCGGGCUGGAACUGCAACUGCAACUGCCAAUGACAAUGACUCCUUCGGAACACCCCAAAUGUGCUGUCGAAUCAACACACUGCAGUAUCUUCAAAGUGAGUUGGAUUGA